CCGGGCAGGGUUGGAGGGGGAGAAUGGGAGAGGUCAAGAGCAGGAACAGGAGCAGCAACAGCCCCGCUCGCGGCCGCCGUAGAUCCAACUCUCUUUGGGGCUUUUCUUCCAGCCGGCAUCAGGAGGCGGCGGCGGCGGCGGCGGCUCCCUUUGCUGGCAGCGCCUGCUUGGAGAAGCCUUGCUGGGAUUGAAAGGCACCCCUUUGGCUGCGCGCGCCAGCUCAGCCGCCCGCCUUUCUCGGGCACAGGGAGCGGCUGUGGGAAGAGCCGAGAAAGAAGGAAAGCGGGCGGGGGAGAAGAAAGAAAGAAAGGCCGAGGGAAACGAAGGAACCAAAAUAACACAACCGUCUCCAGGAAAAAAAAAGCGGCUGGAAAUGCCGGCCGGGUUGUAAAGGUGAGGCGCCCGCGCGUCUGCAGCCACUCAGGGUAGGUUGGCGUGCCCCGACACACACGUCCAUCCUGCUCCACACGCGCGCCCGGGCUCUCUCGCGCGCCCGCCCGCCUGCCUGCGCGCGCGCCCCUCCACAUGCAGACACGCGCACAGGGGGGGGCGGACGGCGGCGGGAGCAGGAGCAGAAGGCAAAGAUGGCAAUGUCUGUGAUCCAAGCGUGCCGCAGUCUGGCUCUCUCAACAUGGCUGCUUUCCUUUUGUUUCGUGCAUCUGCUGUGCCUGGAUUUCACGGUGGCCGAAAAAGAGGAGUGGUACACGGCCUUCGUGAACAUCACUUACCCGGAUCCCGGCGGCGGCGGCGGCGGCGGCGGCGAACUGCGCAGCGAGAAGACCGAGUGCGGCCGCUACGGGGAUCAGUCGCCCAAGCACGAUGUCUGGGGGCAGGUGGUGAUGACCUCGACGGCCGCCGAUCGGCAAGCCUGCGACCCCAACGCCCGGUUCGCCGUGCCGGGGCCCGGCAAAAUCUGGAUCGCGCUGAUCCCCAAGGGGAAUUGCACGUUCAAGGAUAAGAUCCGACACGCCGCUUCGCAGAACGCCUCGGCGGUGGUCAUCUACAACACGGGCACCAACAACGCCAACGAGACCAGCACCAUGCCCCCCGCGGGUACGGAUGACGUUGUAGCAAUAAUGAUCCCUGAGCCAAAGGGGAAAGAGAUAGUGAGCCUGCUAGAGCGGAAUAUUACUGUGAUGAUGCACAUAACAAUUGGGACACGAAACCUGCAGAAGUAUGUCAGCCGGACCUCUGUAGUCUUCGUUUCCAUCUCCUUCAUUGUGCUGAUGAUCAUCUCCUUGGCCUGGCUUGUCUUCUACUAUAUCCAGAGGUUCAGAUAUGCAAAUGCCAGAGACAGAAAUCAGCGCCGUCUUGGAGAUGCUGCAAAAAAGGCAAUCAGCAAACUGCAAGUCAGAACGAUAAGGAAAGGAGAUAAGGAAACGGAGCCUGAUUUUGAUAACUGCGCAGUGUGUAUUGAGGGUUACAAACCAAAUGAUGUUGUCAGAAUCUUGCCCUGCAGGCAUCUCUUUCACAAAUCUUGUGUAGAUCCAUGGCUACUGGAUCAUCGCACAUGCCCCAUGUGUAAAAUGAACAUCUUAAAAGCACUAGGGAUUCCGCCAAAUGCAGAUUGUGUAGAUGACAUCCCUCCAGAUUUUGAAGCUUCUAUAGGAGGGCCACCAACCAAUCAAAUUACAGGAGCUAGUGACAUAACUGUGAAUGAGAGCUCCGUAGCUUUGGAUCCACCUGUCCGGACAGUUGGAGUAUUACAAGUCAUCCAGGAUGCAGAUCCUCUUCCACAGACCGGGGAAAGUAACCUCACAACAAGCAGUGAACAGGAGCCAGCGGUCAGUAGCGAUUCGGAUAUUUCAUUGAUUAUGGCAAUGGAAGUUGGACUCUCUGAUGUGGAACUUUCCACUGAUCAAGACUGUGAAGAGGUGAAAUCCUGAAAAGAGAGGAUUGAAAGACCUUCCACUGAACCAAAGGGCAGUAGCAGGGAGGGGAAGAAACAGAGUCCGUUCUGUAAGAUUUGGUCCCGUUGUGUACACAACCAUACCCAUAUAUACAUGUACACAAACACAAGUACCCAUACGUACGCGUCCAGAAAAUGUUGUGAAGUUUUGUACACUCCAUUCUGGGAUGAUCUUGAAAAGCAAUAGCAACAGACAUGUUUGCCUGGAUGCAAUUUCUUCAUCAGCUACGUGUGUUCAUUUCAUUGACACUGGAAGGUGAGCGCAACCUUUUGCUAACUCAUGAAUCAAAUGAGUAACAUACUUCCUUGGUGGCUCAGAACUUCAUAAAUGAAACGGUUGUGUGAGUGUUUUCUACCUUCUUUGGGUUGUUGUGGGUUUUUUAACCAAAAAAAUGAGAAUAUCCUAAGAUGAUUAUUUAUGGGUUCACAAUGGACAGACAUAUUUUUCUUCUUCUCAGCAGCCCUCGUUUCUUCAAGAAUUCAGUCCAGAAAUAUGAUGGUUCACCAGGAUUCAUGAAGGCCCUGUCUCUUUUAUUAGAAGGAAGCAUGGCUUCAAGAAGAAAUGGUGUUUCAGAGUUGUGUCUUGGUCUGAAGCCUGCUUUCAUUGAGGUAUUAAUGGGGCUCAGAAAACUUUGCUUCCAGGAUCUCCCAGGGGAUAAAAAAGGGAAGCUGAGUUUACAGAUGUUAGUGAUUUGUUACAUAACACAGCUGAUUAGUAAUAAUCAUGAGAUUAAGGGUCAGCCAGUUCUUGCAUUCCUUUGCUAUACAAACUUCUCACACCUCAAAGGCCUUCCCCUAUGGUUGAUUUCAAUUCACAUCUACUUUUGAAAAGUAAAAUCAGGUAGUUGGUUCAAAGUCCUUCUUACCAAGUCUAAAGUUCAUUGAAAGUGUUUGUAUUGAGGAAAAGAGAAUGGGAACAAAUAAAGGUGGAAAGAAGGGGAGCUGGUGAAGUUGUCCCUCGUAGGAAAGUUAAUUACAAAUGGAGAGAGGAGGUUUUUCACACAAGAUGUAUCUUGAACCUCACUCUGAUCACCCAGGACAUCUCCAGUUGACUCACCUGUACACGCACAACUGAAAGCUGUUUUCAAAGCCCCUCAGUCCACUUCACUUAAGUACAGGAAAGGACACACAAAGAGCCUAAUUUUUGGCAUUUAUAGACAGCUUUGUACUUAUGAUACUGGAGAAAACCAGUGAUUUGGUUGAGAAUGGAGUAUUUUUACUGUUCACUGGUGAUAGCAGAAGAGGGUUGAAAUACUUUCCUGCAUAACCCUUAGUUGCAUGCAAAGCUGAAACUUUGAAUAUUCAGAUCCACAUUCAAGUCAUUCACAGUUGUGCAUGAAUCACAGAAGGGAAGCGGAAAGGCACUUUUACUGACACCUAUGAAAAUAAGCUACAGGGGUAUUUGUGUUCUUGUUCAUGUUCCUAGUAUGGAACAUGAAGACUAAUUUAAUUUUUAAUUGUGUGCCAUCAAAUCAAAUCUGACUUACGGUAACCCUUUUCAGGG